GUCCACAGACAGUGAGUUCACCACUUCUGCCAUAUCUUUGUGAACGGACAAAUCCUGCCCCAAACAACAAAACAAUCAUGGUCCAAGCAAAGACAUGGAUCCUGACCAAACACUUUGAAGGCUCCCCAAAGGAAAGCGACUUUGAGCUGAAGGUGGAGGAGCUCCCGGAGCCUAAAGAUGGAGAGGUGCUUUUGGAAGCAGUGUUUCUCAGCAUUGACCCAUACAUGAGACCAUUCAGCGCAUUUCGCAUGAAAGAAGGUGAUGUGAUGAUUGGAACUCAAGUGGCCAAAGUGAUCCAAAGUAAGAACCCAGCAUUUGCUGUGGGAAGCCAUGUGGUUGGUCGUUGUGGCUGGAGAACCCACACAGUCUGUGAUGGCACAGACCUCAUUCCCGUCAUGCCUGAGUGGCCUCAAGACAUCUCACUGUCCCUUGCUCUGGGUACCAUCGGCAUGCCAGGACUGACAGCUGUGUAUGGGAUAGAGGAAGUCCUGGGACUCAAGGCAGGAGAGACUCUGCUGGUAAAUGCAGCAGCAGGAGCAGUGGGCUCUGUGGUGGGUCAGAUCGCCAAGAUCAAGGGCUGUAAGGUGGUGGGUUCAGCUGGGUCUGAUGCAAAGGUGGCUUUCCUCAAAGAGCUGGGCUUUGAUGAGGCCUUCAACUACAAAACUAUUGGUUCCCUGGAGGAGACGCUGAAGAAAGCUUCUCCAGAGGGAUACGACUGCUUCUUUGAAAAUGUGGGAGGCCCUUUCUCGACUGUUGCCUUACAGCAGAUGAAGGACUUUGGAAGAAUUGCUGUUUGUGGAAGUAUUUCAACAUACAAUGACACCACACCCCAAACUGGCCCGUACCCCCAGUUCACCAUGAUAGUCAAGCAACUGAAGAUGGAGGGGUUCAUGCAGAGCAGGUGGGAGCAUAAGCACCCUGAGACCCUCAAGAGGCUGAUUGGAUGGGUGAAAGAGGGCAAACUGCAGUGUCGGGAGCACACCACAAAAGGCUUUGAAAACAUGCCAGCUGGUUUCAUGGGGUUGCUGAAGGGAGAAAACAUCGGCAAGGCUAUCAUCGCGGUGUGAUGUGGAACACAGGAUGAAUUGAAAACGAUCAGUAUUAUUAUUAACUAACGCAUUAAUCACAGACUUUAUACUGUACAUGAAGGACAAAGCAACAGAUACCUACUACUAACCAGCAUGAUGACUAUCUAGUUUAUACGUUAUUUCUUUUAAUGACAGUGAAUACUAAUCGUAGCGGCAAAUAGCAUUAAAGAUACUAGGCUCCAGUCGAGCUAUUAAAUCAUCAUUUUUUAGCAUUAAUUCAGAAAAAUCAUUCAUUCUCAAAAUUUAGAUGAUUUGUAUAGCUUGUGUGAAAUUGAAUAAUUCUGCUGGUGGACUAAAAAUAAAGACAAAAACACCCUCAUAUUUGAUUACACAAGUGUGUUUUGCCAGUGAGUACACAGAUAGGUGUGGCUCUGCUGCUGAUACUUUCAUACAUCAUUAACUGUAACUGUAAUAAAAGUAUUCAUAUGCUCUGUAUUGCGUGGGAGUUUUUCUACUAGUAAUAAAGUUUUUUUUGUCU